AUGGAUCAACAAAAACCAGAGCUUGAAAAGAAGCUUCAUAUAGUUAUGUUUCCAUGGCUAGCAAUAGGUCAUCUAACACCCUUUUUCCAUCUCGCUAAAUCCUUAGCUAAAAAACAACAUGCUGAAUCAUCAACUGACAUCCCAAUUGAAAAAACUCAGUUUCUGAAAAAGGCUUUUGAUGGAUUAGAGUUAUAUCUUACUAAGUUUCUUGAAAAUUCUAAACCAGAUUUUAUCAUCCAUGAUUUUGCUUCUUAUUGGUUACCAAAAGUUUCAGAAAAACUGGGUAUCCCUUGUGUGUAUUUUGCUGUUUUCACUGCUUCAUCAAUGGCUUUCUUAGGACCGCCAGAAGUGUUACUUGAUGAAAAGAGAAAUAGAAUUUUGAGCCCAGUGGAUUUGUGUACUUCUCCUGAGUGGAUUCCAUUUCCUUCUGAUAUCAAGUACCACCAUCAUGAAGUAGUACAAUACUUCAAGGGUGCUCCACCACCGGAGCCUGAUCAUCAUAAUGAUGAUGAUGAUGAUAAGUACGAAGCUGUUCCAGAUACACGUAGAUUCGGGAUGGUAAUAAGGGACAGUAAGUUUAUUGCAGUAAGAAGUUCUGCAACGGAAGCGGCACCGAGUGAAGAACAAGUGAACGAGUUAGCUAUUGGAUUGGAAUCUUCCGGGCUACCUUUCUUGUGGGUACUAAGGAAGCCAUUGACUGGGUCGGCCAGUUGCUCCGAUUUGUUACCAUUAGGAUUUGAAGAUCGAACCAGGGACCGUGGUGUGGUUUAUAUGACGUGGCUGCCACAGGUGAAGAUACUGCAUCAUCCUAGUGUUGGUGGAUUCUUGACUCACUGUGGUUAUAACUCGGUUAUAGAAGGUCUAGCCUUUCGAAGAGUUUUGAUUUUGUUACCUAUGUUGAAUGAUCAAGGUUUGAACGCCAGAUUGCUUGGAGGGAAACAAGUUGGAUUAGAAAUACCAAGAAAUGAACUUGAUGGAUCGUUUUCUAGUAAAUCAGUAGGCCAUGGUGGAAAAAGAAGGGGAAGUACCUUGAACUUGAUGGAUCGUUUAGAAACAAGGCCAAGGAGAUGA